GUGAUAUUCGCUGCAAGAAGCGUCAUCCUAGCUUUCUUUGACCGCGAACGGUAUAAAAAGAUCGAUUUUCAAUGUCAUGAUCAUGGUAGUUUUUUCGAAUAUUUUUCAGUGACGUUUUCGGUACGUUUUGAUGACUGUGACCGGUGAACGAAUGAAUUACACUGAUGAGAAAGUGAGGGGUUGGAACUUUAGAGUUUCAAAAGAUAUGGUUCAGAGUUGUCAGAUCUUGAUCUCUAGAUGGAAAUAGCGUUUGGAGUCUAUGGGGCGAUAUGGUUUCUAGCCCUUAUAGCAAUAAUACAUGCUAUGGGUCCGUUGCACAUUACGCGUCAUAACAAUGGAGACGUCUUCUCAAAAGACCAAGAUAAAGAUGAGCGUUGCACUGAAGAAACCUGCGUCGGUAUCAGCAGUGGCACCGCCGCUGCCGUAUCGGGUGAGAAUUUUUGCACGUGCAGGUGCCAUUCGCAUCUGCCAGCCUUCAGAGAAGAUCUUAGAAUAUGCGUAGAUGACAUUAACGAAUGUGGACUGGCUCCAUUUGUAGGUGGAUCGACAUCACACUAUAUUCCAUUUGUGUUUUUGCCACUUAAGGGUCAAAUAAUUCAUCCUAGUAAAGAGAUAUAUUUCAAUGUUGAAAGAAUUCUGGAGGGACAGAUCAGAAAUUAUGUUGAUGAAUACAAUUUAUUACCUUCUUUUCGGUCCGGUUUUCGCAGAGAUUAUAGCUGCGCCACAGCUCUGUUAAAGGUGACGGAUGACAUACUGCAAGCAGCGGAUCGUGGUGAACAACACUUGUCUUGCUUGACUAUUCUAAGACCUUCGACAGAUUAA